AUGGAACUCCCCUGGCUGCUGGUCUCCCUGGCAGCAGGAUGUAUCAUAUUGAGAACCAUAUAUCGUCUCUAUUUACACCCAUUAAGCAAAAUACCUGGUCCCAAGUUCGCAGCCAUCAGCGGACUCUACGAGUUCUACUAUGACGUUGUUAAGGGAGGCACCUUCAUCUGGGAGGUAGAAAAAAUGCACCACAAAUAUGGUCCUAUCGUGCGCAUCAACCCCCAUGAAGUCCACAUCAUUGAUCCGGACUUCUACGACGAAAUCUACGCGUCAGGCUCACGCCGGCGCGACAAGGAUCCACGCCAAGUGGCCAUGUUUGGUGCGCCCGGUUCUAUGGCCGCAACCAUAGGCCACGAUCAGCACAAAAUGCGCCGCGGCCUUGUCCGCGGGCAUUUUUCCCGCAAAGCCAUUGUCAACAUCGAAUCUCUCGUCCAAGAGAAACUGGAUAAGAUGAUCGAGCUGUUUCAAGGCGCGCACAAGAAACUUUCCGUGGUUAACACAAGCGAUGCAUUUGCUGCCCUGACAGCUGAUAUUAUUGCAGUUUACGCGCUGGGCGUUGACCUCGACUUUCUCGAUGAGCCGGACUUUAAGAAUGACUUUCAACAGGCAUCUGUCGAGCUAGAUAUGCUCUGCCACGUUUUCAAGUUCUUCCCUUGGCUUGCUAAAUUGGCGCAGAGCAUUCCCGAUAGCGUUGUUCGUUAUUUGCAGCCCAGUGCCGAUAGUCUCUUGUUGGUACAGAAGACUAUACAUGACCAGUCGGUGGCAUCGCUUCAAAAGGCAUCGCAGGGCUCUGAAAAUGAAUCUCAAGGAAACAUUUUUGACUCUCUCAGUCACACUUCUGUUCCACUUCGGGAGCGUACCCUGUCUAGACUGCAAGACGAGGGCCUAAUUCUUCUUGCGGCUGGAACUGAGACCACGGCGAGAGCAUUGGCUUUGCGAUCCGAGCUGAAGGACGUGAUGCCUUCGCCGGAUUCCCAUCCAACCUGGGCUCAGCUCGAACGUCUCCCUUAUCUGACCGCAGUUGUGAAGGAGUCUCUUCGACUAUCUUUCGGGGCAGUCGGCCGACUUUCACGCGUGGCCCCAGAUGAAACACUUCAGUAUCAACAAUACAGCAUCCCGCCGAAUACUCCCGUUAGCUGCUCAUCAUACUUCAUUCAUAUGAAUCCUGAAAUAUUUCCGGAGCCUGAAAACUUCGAGCCUGAACGUUGGUUACGAGCUGCCGAGCGUGGGGAUAAGCUACAUCGACACCUGGUGGCAUUUUCUUCCGGCAGUAGGCAGUGCGUUGGCAUGAACCUCGCUUACUGCCAGAUGUACUUGACCAUCGCGGCGCUUGCACGCCAGUUUGACAUGGACCUUCAUGAAACCACGGUUCGCGAUGUCAUGGUCGGUCGUGACUAUAUUUCACCAUUUCCGACUGAUGGAGUAGGUAACAUCAAAGUUAAAUUUUCAGAUGUAGCGCAGGAUUGA